UCAAUUCUCCUCGAUGUACUCACAUCAUCCCCCACACUAUGGACGGGAGCGCUCGCUCUCGUCACCGUCCGCUCCUCCCGUCGAUAGCCACCCAUACAGCUACCAGGUGGAGCCACAGGCGCCACCUCAGGACCGUCGCGGCUCCUUCCAGGCCUACGCUCCGCCUCAGCAGCCUCUAUACCCAGACAUCGGACAGCAUCAGGCUCCACCGUCAGCCCCCGACCGAGACUCGUUCAUUCACCAGACUUACGCUCAGAAUUACAACCAGCAACCUCCGAAUUAUCCCUCGCAACCGAAUUAUGGACCUCCACAACAGUCGAGCCAGAACUUUGGGGCUCCUCCGGCUCCAACGCAGCCACCGGCUCCAUUCCUACGUGAACCCACGUUGUAUGGGGGGUACGGACCGGUGCAACCCGGCAGUUUCUCGUCGUCGACGAGUUCUAUGGCAUUAAUGCCCAAUGGCAUGGCACCAACCCCGUCCAGCGUCGUGGAGCUCCGAUUCCGGUGCAAAGGACUGAAAAAAUCCGAUUUUCUGAGUCAAUCCGACCCGUUCAUUGUGGUGUACAUGCAGGAAGCACAGAGGAAAGGCUGGAGAGAAGUUGGUCGCACUGAGACGAUCAAUAACACGCCCGAUCCGACGUUUGCCAAGUCUUUUCAGGUGGAUUUUUUCUUCGAAGAAGUCCAGCGACUACGUGUCGAAGUUUUCGAUCGUGAUAGUUCGUCCGAGAGAUUAGCUGACCACGAUUUUCUAGGAUGUGUGGAGAUUACAAUGGGCCAGCUUAUGUCGUCCAAGGGCCAGUCGGCGGUGCUUAAGUUGCUGCAAAAUGACAAUGGCAGGGGACAUGUACACAAUCUUUCGGGCCAUGUAGUCAUUGACGCUGAAGAAGUGUCCUCCUGUGCUGAUAUGGUUAAAGUCCGAUUUACUGCUACCAAACUGGACAACAAAGAUGGCUGGUUUGGCGCUUCAGACCCGUUCCUGAAUAUCUAUCGGCUGCGAGACGAAAACUCCGAUCCACUGUCGUCGUCGUCGUGGAUUUUAGUGUGGCGUAGCGAAGUUGUCAUGAAUAAUUGUGACCCGAAAUGGCGUCCUGCUACCAUUAGUGUACAGAAUCUGUGCAAUGGAGACUUGUCUAAACUGCUGAAGAUCGAAUGUAUGGACUGGGAGAAAAACGGCAAGCACCAGUUCAUCGGCAGUUGUACGAUCAAAGCAGCAGAGUUUGUGACUGGAGAACUGCGCAGUAUGGAUCUGAUUAACCGUGAACGACAAGCGAAAAAGGGCAAAAGGUACAAGAAUUCAGGCAUGUUGAUCCUCGAGCAGAUCGAGAUGUUCAAGCAACAUACUUUCGCAGAAUAUCUACGUGGUGGGUGCGAGGUCAGUCUGAUCGUUGGUAUUGACUACACAGCUUCGAAUGGAAGUCCGUCUGAUCCGUCGAGUCUGCAUUACAUGGGAGGAAACUACCAAGGGCAGAUGAACGAUUACCAGGCUGCAAUCUCCGCAACUGGCGCGAUUUUGGAGCCUUACGACUCGGACAAGCGAUUCCCAGUGUACGGCUUUGGAGGCCUUGUCAGUGGAGUAGUGAAUCAUUGUUUCCCGUUGACAUUUGACCCGUCCCAGCCGGAAGUGGAGGGCAUUGGAGGCAUUAUGAAGGCGUACUCGGACUCGUUCCAGUUCGUGCAGCUUCAUGGACCCACAAAGUUCGCACCUUUAGUGCAUCAGGCUGCUGCUAUUGCAAGGACGUUCUCAGCUCCAGCGGAACAAGGAGGUGGUGGAAAUCUCAAGUAUUUCGUGCUGCUUAUCAUUACGGAUGGUGCGAUCAUGGAUAUGCAAGAAACUAUUGACGAACUGGUGCAGGCGUCGACGCUGCCGCUGUCUAUUGUGAUUGUUGCAGUGGGAAACGCUGACUUUACUGCGAUGAACGCUCUCGAUGCUGAUGGAAAAGUGCUGAUCGAUUCCAGACGACAAAGGGCUGCACGUGACAUUGUGCAGUUUGUCCCCUUCAACCAGUUCCGUCGCAACCCUGCGCGACUAGCGAAGGAAACACUGGCAGAGAUCCCUACUCAGCUAUUACAAUACUACAACAUGAAGGGCAUUAAUCCCCGGACGCCGCUGCAGCGUCAAGGAACCAGCUACCUGGUCAGCAGCUCAAUCAGCAGUGGAAUUGCUGAUGCAUUAGAUGUAGAAGUUUAGAAGCAUUUUGACUAGCAAAAUGCGCAAAUUACCAGCAAAUAGGAAGCCGCAAUUUUGAUUCGGAUCGCUUUUGGAUCAUUAAAUUUAGCGCACUAGGCACGAGUUUGCACUACCUCA